AUUCCAUAAGAAUUUCUCUCUCUUGUCAAACAAAAAACAGUUUCAUCCCAAAAUGACCACACCAAUUCACAAAACAAUAGACGUCCACAAUGAUCUCCGCCUGCGCGCCCUCCUCGCAGCUCUCGACCGUAGUCCCAACCAAGCCCCCGUCCUCCGCCUCUGGGGCCAUUCCAUAAUCCCCAGUUUCUUCCCCACCUCCGAAGGCUUCGCGACCUACUUCAAGAUGCCACAUUCCAAAGAAUCACUCAUCCGCUCCGCGGAAGUGUUUGGCGUGCGACGAGCCCUGUGUGGAGCCGAAGACCCUUCGGUCUUUGUACAGAAAGAGAUCUUAGUUUUGGUGUGUAAACCUCCGGAUUUAGAUACGCCUGAAAGUUGGAGUUGUGAGAAUGAGGAGUUGGUUCCGUAUAUGUUGCCGCUUCCAUACUCGGGCUCGGAGCAAGGGCCGCCUGCGGAGUAUGUGGCGAUUGCGAUUGGGAGGCGGAUUCAGUUUUUUAGGUGGAGGGCGGGGGAGAAGGUUAAGCUGAAGAGGAUGGAUAAGGAUCCUUUUGAUAUCUUUUCGGAUGAGGAUGCGAGGAUGGUGGCGAGGAGGUUGAAUGGGAUUAAGGAUCGAACUUGGGAUUAUGAAAAGUGGAAACCGGUUUCUGGGGAUGGAUCUUGAAGGUAUUUUUUCUUCUUGCAUUAGAGGCUUAACUGAUUUUUGUUUAGAUUUGUAUAUAUAAAUGUCAUUUUCUAUGGAGUUUUGGGCGCUACGGGGAAUUCGAGAUUAAACUGGAAACUCGAUGCGGAACAUUCCAGCGUCCGACAACGAGGGAAGAUGAGUUGACAGCUCGUCUAGCUGGUGUCUGGCGAAACUAUCGAAAUCGCUGAGGCAAUUGUAUUUUUUCGGUUAUAAUACCCUUACUGUAAUUAUUUGACGGAACCUGUAAGACUUACGAAUUUUUGAGGGAAACUACUUGGGAAAGGAUAGACGCCGGAGGCGAGGAACCUGGGUAUUAG